CAGGGCCCUGGAUAAAGGGAGACCCUUAGCCCUCCUGUACAGGGCCCAUGCCAGCCGGGUGAAUCAGAUGUGGGCAAGGAUGGUGAUCGGCGGAUGGUGGGGGGGGCAAUUUUUGGAACCGAUCCCCUGUAUGGCUCUCUCUGCAGCAGCUGAAAGCUGGCUUCUUCUCUUCUCCCUCCCGCUGGCUCUUAACUGCUGCAGAGAGCCGUACAGGGGACCAGUUCCAGUAAUUGCCUCCCUGCCACACUCAUCACCCUCUCUGUGCACCAUACAUUCCCCUGCUGCCCAGGCUCCCCUUGCUGUUGGCUUCCCUCCUCUUCUUCCCACUGGCAGCUGCAAGCACACAAUAGAUUUCUUCAGGAUGGAGAGUGGGGGAUGAGCCCGGUAAAUAUGUCACAUUUACCAGCCCCUUCCUUUCCUGAAUGAGAAUAAUGAGUGAUUGGUACCAAUCACUCACUGUGUUCAU